AUGAAGUGUAAAGUCUAUUGUGGAGGUAUGCAUGAAUCAGUUCAGCAGCAGGUACUUCAGAUCAAUGGUUUUUCUACUGGAAUCAUCCCAUUCAAGUACCUAGGAGUCCCUCUAUCUAGUAGAAAAUUAACCAUUCAUCACUGCGGGCCUUUGGUUCAUAGGAUCUUGGCUAAGAUUCAGCACUGGACUGCUAGGCUUCUAAGCUAUGCAGGUAGGUACCAAUUGAUCAGAAAUGUGUUAUUUGGAAUUACUGCUUAUUGGAUGAAUGUUUUUCCCAUGCCAAAAGGUGUGAUCAAGCAUAUUGAGGCUAUAUGUAGGAACAUUAUGUGGAAAGGUAAUACUGACAAAACCAAUAAGGCACUAGUUGCUUGGGACUUUAUUUGUAAUCCUAAGGGAGCAGGAGGGUUGAGUAUUACUUCCUUGAAGGAAUGGAAUAUUGCCACUAUGGGAAAGCUCUUUUGGAAUAUCCAAGCUAAGGCUGAUAAGCUUUGGGUAAAAUGGGUUAAUACAUACUACUUGAAGCAACACAAUGCAAUGGAUUGGCAAAGUAAAAAUUGUUCUUGGAUUUUGGCUAGUGUGUUUAAAUGUAGGGACAAAAUCAAAGGGACUAAUGCUUGGGCAACUGUUAUAUAUACAAACUGGGAAAUAUAG